AUGGGAUUUGGCGAGUGGGUGCAGACCGGGUGCUCGAGAGAGAAUAUACAAGAAGGCUGUACCAGUUACGCAUGUAAAAACGUUAUCACGCCACGACGUGCUGGCCUCACAAUGACAAUGGAAGAUCGUUCGGGACCAGGCAUCGAUCGUGCAGACGGUGCAGCAUCAACCGCUCAUCCUUGUACCACUCAAUUAAAAACGACAUCAACCGAUGUCAUACCCUCAGACGCAUCAUAUCCAAUUCGUCGAAACGGAAAUACCAACAAACGUUCAUUUGACGUGGCCUUUCUGGUCGCACCAGAUGAAAAAUUAGCGCGCCGCCAAAAUGCACAACUAGUGAUUGAUCACAGGCAUAGCAUUGAAAAUCGUCAAAGUCCGGGAUAUGUGUCAGCCAGCGCAGCUAUCGCUGAUUUACGGCAGCCGGUUCAGCCUACCGGAAGUGAUAGGCCCGGAUCAAGUCCAGGUUCAUCAUCAGCGAGCCCACCUGCUGCUUUUCGAAGACUCGGACACUCUCUUCAUCUCCAAGAACAUCGGCCUCUUCAUCCGUCGACUCAUCAUCACGAGGAUUCCCUUGGUCCGUUGCCAAAAAGUGCUUUUACCAAGGUCAGCUGCAUCAAUUUUGAUGAUUCACAUGUCUCGGGAACGUCUCCACGGUCUUCGAUCUCGCCAGACCGUCCAAGUUUUCGGAGCAGCGUUAGUCCACCCGGAGGACCGCCGAUCAAAGCCUUCAAGUACGGAACUUUUGCUGCCGCUGCAGCUGCAGCUGCCGCAGCAGCCGCUGUGACUACACCGUUUCCUUUCCUCGUAAGUUCGACAAGCCCCAGUGAAUCUAUUGUCCAAACAAGCAUCCCCACGACCGGGUUGGUAGAAAAUUUAAAAAUCGGGGGAAAAAUUAACACUACAAUCGAGUCAUCGUCAUCAACAUCACCAUCAUCAUCGUCAGUAGCUUACCGAGCUUCUAAUGAAUUAUCACCAGCAGCUGCAGCAGUGUACUCAAAUCUGUCUUACUCACCAAUUUCCGUGUUUCCCGCGCCGAUGCCUGAAGCUCUUGUCCGACCUCGGCAUUUUCUUGGCGUCUCUGGAGUGACAGGUGUUGCUGGGCUUUUGCCGCCGUCAUUUGCGCUUAGUCUACCAGCUCAAAAUGUAUGUGCCAAGUGCAAUUUGUCGUUCCGCAUGACUUCUGAUCUCGUUUAUCACAUGAGAUCACAUCACAAGAAUGAAAGUGUCGGUGAGGCGGCACGACGACGCCGUGAAGACAAACUUAGAUGUCCAGUGUGCGAUGAAAGCUUCCGCGAGCGACAUCAUCUUACUAGACAUAUGACGGCACAUCAAGACAAGGAGAGCGAUGCUAUUGUCGAACAGCAGCAGCAACCGCAAAUUCAUCCGCUACCGGCUGUCAAAAGAAGUACUGGUGGGUCUAUGGUCCACGGUGCCGCCAAGUGA